CCACCCCACCACACCCCAACCAUAAACCACCAUGCAUCCACCAAAUCUAUUCCAACGAGCUCCAACCGUGCCAGCGCUCACUACCUCACAAUGGGUUCCCAUUCCAACCACCCAGCUCUCGAGCUGACGCGCGAAAACGUCAUUGCCGCCCACGCUCUGGUGAAACCGCACAUCCACUACACUCCCGUCCAAACCAACACCACACUCUCCACACUCGCAUCCACGCCGCAGACCCCCGACGCGCUCAAAGGCACACCGUGGGAAGGACAAGAACCCGCGAAGCCUAACUUCAAGUUGUUCUUCAAAUGCGAGAAUUUCCAGCGCAUCGGCGCGUUCAAGGUCCGCGGGGCGUUUCAUGCUGUGAAGCGGUUGAUUGAGCGGACUGAGGGUGGAUUGGAGGAGGUUAGGAAGAAAGGCAUUGUUACGCAUAGCAGCGGCAACCACGCCCAAGCCCUCGCUCUAGCAGGCAAAACCUUCUCCAUCCCCGCACACAUCGUCAUGCCGUCCAUCUCCACCCCUUCCAAGAUCGCAGGCACGAAAUCCCAAGGCGCAAUCGUGCAUUUCAGCGGAUCUACUAGUCACGAACGCGAAGCUGUCGUCGCAGACGUUAUCAAAGAUACCGGCGCAACGUUGGUCCCGCCGUACGACCACGUCGAUAUCAUACUCGGCCAGGGCACAAUGGCGCUAGAAACUACAUCGCAAGUCGCCGAGCUUCUCUCGGCUAAUGCGGAGCUGGGAGUACACGGGGAGAGCAAAAAGGGACUCGACGCGUUCAUCGCGCCCUGUGGAGGCGGCGGGAUGCUCGCAGGUAACGCAGUAGCCCUCCACGGAACAGGUAUCCGCGUGUUCGGCGCCGAACCGAGUUUCGAGGGCGCCGACGACGCGAGACGAGGUGUAGAAGCGGGAUCGCGCGUUACUUCUGUCAAAACGCUCACCAUUGCCGAUGGUCUGCGGACGCCGCUCGGAGUCACGAAUUGGAAAAUCAUCUCGGAUCCGAAGUAUAUAGCUGGUCUUUACGCGGUGACGGAGCAGAAUAUCAGGGAUGCUAUGAAGUUGGUUUUGGAGCGGAUGAAGUGCUUUGUGGAACCUUCUGCUGUAGUGGGGUUGGCUGUGAUUCUGUUCAACGAGGAUUUCCGGAGGAUGGUGGAGAAGGAGGGUGGGAGCGAGGGGUGGAAUAUCGGUGUUGUUUUCAGCGGGGGGAAUACAACCGUUGAAGCGAUUUCCAAGAUCUUCGAAGUCAAGACGCAAGAAAAAGCCGAAAGAGCUGAGGGGAAAGUAGGGGAAGAUGGGGAGAGAGUCGCCGAGAACGUUGCCGGGUAG